CGGACGGGGGGCGGCUUAUCUGCGCAUUACGGUAACGUAGGGCCGGCAAUUACGGUAGUGGGAGCUCUGAAGGGUCGAUCGGGUUUGGGGCCAGAGAGGAUUCUUGUAGCAAUUAAUGAGUCAAUACGCGAUGAGCCCCUUGAGGGAGUGAAACCAGCUGGAUGGGAGAGCGCUCUGGGCUCGAGGAAGGUCUCCCCAGUCUCUCGCUCUGUGUGUUGGCUGCCUGAUCGUGUCCCUGAAGGAAGGCCCGGCUCUCUGGACUGCAGCCACGCCGAGAUGUUUGCCAAGCUGAAGAAGAAGAUUGCCGAGGAGGCAGCGACCGCUCCGCGGCUGGGAGGGGCUGUCCGGAUGCCCCGAUCAGUCAGCAAGGAGUCGAUCACCUCCGUGGGAGCCGAUUCGGGGGACGACUUUCCCUCCGAUGGAAGCAGCUCCAGAGAAGACCUCUCCUCGCAGCUCUUCCGAAGGAAUGAACAAAUACGGAAGCUGGAAAUCAAGCUCUCUGACUACGCCGAACAGGUCCGAAACCUGCAGAAGAUCAAGGAGAAGCUUGAGCUUGCCUUGGAGAAGCAUCAGGACUCCUCUCUUCGGAAGCUGCAAGAGCAGAACGAGGCUCACCAAGCCAGCAGGGCCAAGAUGGCAGAAGGCGUCGCCUUAGCGCUGGAGAAGAAGGACCAGGAAUGGAGAGAGAAGCUGGCUCAUCUUGAAAAGGAGCGGACGUGCCUCGCCGUGCAGUUGCAGGAGAUGCGUGAGCAGAGCCUGAACCUCUUCCAGAAGCGGGAUGACCUGGACGAGCUGCAAGGCUUUCAGCAGCAGGAGCUGGCCAAAGUCAAGCACAUGCUCUUGCAGAAAGAAGAAUCCCUGGCCCGGAUGGAGCGGGACCUGGCGGCCUCUGCGCGGGAGCUGCGCCACACCCAGGGGGAGCUGCAGGCCUCCGGGGCCUUGUCCUCCCGCCUGGCCAGCGAGCUGCAGGAGCUCCGGAGGCAGCAUGCGGACCUGGAGGCCGAGAGGGACGAGCUCAUGGAUGCAGAGGAGAGUGCGGAAGGCAAGAUCACGGCCCUGGAGCAGCGGGACCUCGGGCUCCAAGCCUUUAUCCAGCAGCUGACCGUCGACCUGCAAAAUGCUCAAGCCGCCGCCUCUGGUUGCGAAAAGAGACUGACAGCACUGCAGGCGGAGCACGGAUCGCUGAAGCUGGCGUAUGAGCAGCACAAGCAGAAGGCGAGGGUGGAGGUGGAGGAGAAGGACCAGCUGGUGGGCCACCUGCAGGAGAAAGUGAGCGUCCUGGAGAAGCGGCUGGGCGGGAACCUCUCUGGCGAGGAGCACGUCCAGGAGCUGCUCAGGGAGAAAAGUGCUCUGGAGCAGCGAUUGGAGGAUGCCCGGCGGGAGCUGUUGGCAGCGCAAACCAGUCACACGGAGAGCAUCAGUCUCUUGGAGACUCAGAUCAACGAACUGAACUGCCAAGUGGCAGAAGGGCAGGCGCGCCUGGCUGAGAGGGAGGAGUCGGGGAGGAGCCUUCAGGACGGCAGCGAGCAACAGCAGCAAGACCUCGAGCGAGCCCUUCAGCUUGCCACCGAGGCCACCGCGAAGGGCAAAGAGGACGUCCGGGAGAAGGAACUGCAGAUCCAGAGGCUGCAGACCGAGCUCGAGUUGGAAAGCAACCGGACGCAAGAGGGCAUCUCCGCUGUGGAGCGUCGGAGCGCCGAGCAGGUGGGAAGGCUGGAGGAGCAGCUCGCUGCCCUGGGAGCCGUGCGCGAGACCGAAGCGAGGGCCGCCCAGCAGCAGAUCAGCCAGCUGGAACAAGAAAACGGAGAGCUCCGACAGAGACACCAGGACUUAGAGAGCGCUUUAAGGAAGCACGAAUCUGAACUGGACAGAUUGAAGGCAGAAUUGGACAGGAGAGAGACGGUCAGCGUUGAAAUCGCCAAAGCCCUGGAAGAGGCACGGAAGCAGAGGGAGGAGCUGCAGCAACAGGUGGCAGAUCUGGCUCCGCUCCUAAAGGAGAAGGAGCAGCUGCUUGCGGAGACAACGGACUUGCUUCGGAGAAAGGAGGAGGAGCUGAAGCCCUUGCGGCAAGGCUACGAUGCGCUCCUGCUGCAGACGCGCCAGCUGCAGUCCAGCCUGGAGGUGAGCCAGCGGCAGGCUGCGGAGAGAGAGGCCUUGGCAGGAGAGCAGACGCGGGCCCUGCGGGAGCAGCUGGAAGAGCAGCAGGCGCGCUUGCUGGCCCACGAGAAGCAGGCUGCCCAGCUGGACCGGCUGCCCUUGCAAAAGCACUUGCCGCACCCCUCCGAGGAGGGAGAAGGAGAGCCCAACGGGGAGGUGGCUGCCACCGACGUUGUCCAGCUGCAGAAGGAGAACAGAGGCCUGGAGCAGCAGAUUGCGGAGAAGAACAAGAUGAUCAAGCAGCUGCAGCAGAGAAUGUCGGAGCUCAAGAAGACCCUGCAGAAAGAGCUGAAAAUCCGACCUGACGGCGAGAUCCCGGAAGUGCCCAGUGCCGCCUUGACUGUCACAAACAACUCGGAUCUGAACGACUCCCGGGAGAUAAACUUUGAAUACCUUAAGCAUGUGGUGCUAAAAUUCAUGUCCUGCCGGGAAUCAGAGGCGUUCCACCUCAUCAAAGCAGUGUCUGUUCUUCUAAACUUCUCUCCAGAGGAGGAAAGCAUGCUCAAAGAAACCCUGGAAUACAAGAUGUCUUGGUUCGGGUCAAAGCCAUCUCCCAAGGGCAGUAUCCGGCCCUCCAUCUCGAACCCAAGAAGCCCCUGGUCGUGAACAGCUCUGAGGGUGUGCUAGCUGCCUCCUGCUGCCCUCCUUUUUCUCUCUCCGAAAAGGAUCCUGCACUCACCAACUGAGGUGUCUUAAUUGCUGUCACCAGAGUAUUUUGUACAAGGACUUCUGAAAAAUUGUUUACAAAGCUGUACUGUACGCAGAGUGUCCUUUUCAGCCUGAUACCGUUGGGGUUGCAUAUUUUGGGGUGGGGGGCACACGGCUGCCAUGCGAGGCCUUGCAGAACCAGAUGGUUUUUCUUCGUGGCGGCAGGAAUUGCUGGUCUUGAGGUGCCUCUGCUCUCGGCACAGAGGAACAAGAGUGUGCGUUCCACAUAGCAGCAUUCCUGACAGUGUGAGACUCUGGUGGGGAUGCGAAAUCCUCUGCCUUCUCAGACCGGUAACUGCCCCCCUCCCCUAUUUAUUACUAUUAGUUCUCUUGGCUGUAAUUGCUGGCACAUUCAAACCCUGACCUGGAAAUGCCAGCUAGGACUUCCGGUCAGGACAGCACAAUUCCCUGCCGAAUGGGCCAGUGUUUGUUUUCCUUUAAAAACAACAACUUUUUUUUAAUGGUGUGUUUGAUGGAGAGUCUGCUUUUUAGAUCUAUCUGUAGCAGAGCCCCUUUUAAAAAUGGGGAUAGGAGACUGCUGAACCACAGCUCCUGGCUCCCCCCAGCCACAAUAAAUUGUGCCUGGGGGGUGAUGGGAGUUGUAGUUCAGUAGCAGCUGGAAGACCACAGGUUGGGGACCUCUGUUAGAGAAGUGUUAAGCACCCAAUGGUCCUUAUUUCUUUGAAUAAGGCUGCUGAAGCAGGGAGUUUCAGCCUUAUUGGGGGAGGCGCUAGUGGGGAGUGCUGGCAAACCCAUCUCUAGCUUCCAGCUUGGCGUUUCUGCCUUGGACAUAUCCAAGAGCCAGUGCCCCAGUGAUCUGCAGGUGUGGGGGGCUUUUGAUGGUGCAAACUGGCUCAGGAUACAAGUGGCUCAUUCAACACUAGUUGGGGUCAGAUUUCAGUUUGUCUCACUGGGAAUGAGAAGCUUGAACUACUGCUCCCCCCCGCCCAGUGAUUAACAAGUCUAGGUUGGAAGCUGUGGUUUGUUUGUUUUUUAGUAUUAUUACAUGUAUUUAAAGGUCUUCUACGGUUCAGCCGCUGUGAGGCAGCUGGUUGCCAUCUGAACACUACUGCUGCAUCACACUAAUCCAGAGCAUUCCCACCAACUGCUUAUUAAGAGAUUCACGCAGGGAAGCGGGUGGGGAGAGGGAGGGGAAUAAACUGGUCUUCCUUACAAGCAGAGUAAAAUAUUACAGUUGACACUUAGCCAGGAUAAAAGAAACCCUUGUUGGACAGGAAUCUGGGAACCCAUUUGGAUUUUUCUUAAGCUAUGGACAAGAAUGAGGUGUAUAUAUAUUCAUUAAACAGUAGCAACUAAUGCACUUUUUCCUUGUAUAAAAACCUACCUAUAAUGUGUACAUAGAACAGCCUUUAUGGACACCUGGCUAGUCCAUUCACCUUCUGUACAUACAAAUUCUAUUAUGUAAUGGCUUGCAGAGACCUAAUUUGUGGUGCAAUAUGUUUUUGAUUAAAACUUUGAAGCUGA